GCUCAGGGCACCUGCGGGAAGGGCGGGGAAUCCCGACUCCUUCCCCGCUGAGCCCUCUCCCUGCCUCCUUCCCGGGCGUCCCGAGGCUGCCCCCCAUUCGAUGGCCGCAAUCCCGCAGGCCCCGCCGCCCCAAAGCCUAGGCCCCCCAUACGGCGGAAGCGCCCGCGGGACCCUGACAGUGAAGGUUAGGCGGGAGCCGUGCCCGACCGGGCCACGGCCCCUCGGGCUUCCCGGAAGCUAGGUGCGCGGGUGGCACCACCGUCCCCGGAGCCACCGCCGCACACUGGCAUCCCCACCCCGCGGCGAGAGUAGCGGAGGCUACGCAGAGACGCAGGCCCCUGAGUGCCAGUGGUGGUGUUGUCCCUUGUCACCUGGAACCCCAUGCAGCUGGAACCCGGGCCUAGUGGGGCUGGGGCCCACACCCAAUUCCUGCCCCUGAGGUCACAGCGCCCUGAGGGGGCAGGGGACACGGUGAUGUACGCCUCCACCGAGUGCAAGGCCGAGGUGACGCCCUCCCAGCACGGCAACCGCACCUUUAGCUACACCCUGGAGGAUCACACCAAGCAGGCCUUCGGCAUCAUGAACGAACUGCGGCUCAGCCAGCAGCUGUGUGAUGUCACACUGCAGGUCAAGUACCAGGAUGCACCAGCCGCCCAGUUCAUGGCCCACAAGGUGGUGCUGGCCUCAUCCAGCCCCGUCUUCAAGGCCAUGUUCACCAAUGGGCUGCGGGAGCAGGGCAUGGAGGUGGUGUCCAUUGAGGGCAUCCACCCCAAGGUCAUGGAGCGCCUCAUUGAGUUCGCCUACACGGCCUCCAUCUCCAUGGGCGAGAAGUGUGUGCUCCAUGUCAUGAAUGGUGCCGUCAUGUACCAGAUUGACAGCGUGGUCCGCGCCUGCAGCGACUUCCUGGUGCAGCAGCUGGAUCCCAGCAACGCCAUUGGCAUCGCCAACUUCGCCGAGCAGAUCGGCUGUACCGAGCUGCACCAGCGUGCCCGAGAGUACAUCUACAUGCACUUUGGGGAGGUGGCCAAGCAAGAGGAGUUCUUCAACCUGUCCCACUGCCAGCUGGUGACCCUCAUCAGCCGGGACGAUCUGAACGUGCGCUGCGAGUCCGAGGUCUUCCACGCCUGCAUCAACUGGGUCAAGUACGACUGCGAGCAGCGGCGCUUCUACGUGCAGGCGCUGCUGCGGGCUGUGCGCUGCCACUCGCUCACACCCCACUUCCUGCAGAUGCAGCUGCAGAAGUGCGAGAUCCUGCAGUCGGACUCCCGCUGCAAGGACUACCUGGUGAAGAUUUUCCAGGAGCUCACCCUGCACAAGCCCACACAGGUGAUGCCCUGCCGGGCGCCCAAGGUGGGCCGGCUCAUCUACACGGCUGGCGGUUACUUCCGCCAGUCACUCAGCUACUUGGAGGCCUACAACCCCAGUGACGGCUCCUGGCUCCGGUUGGCGGACCUGCAGGUGCCAAGGAGCGGGCUGGCAGGCUGUGUGGUAGGCGGGCUGCUGUAUGCCGUGGGUGGCCGGAACAACUCCCCCGACGGCAACACCGACUCCAGCGCCCUGGACUGCUACAACCCCAUGACCAACCAGUGGUCGCCCUGCGCCUCCAUGAGCGUACCUCGAAACCGAAUCGGGGUUGGGGUCAUCGAUGGGCACAUCUAUGCUGUCGGUGGCUCCCAUGGCUGUAUCCACCACAACAGUGUGGAGAGGUAUGAACCAGAGCGGGAUGAGUGGCACUUGGUGGCCCCAAUGCUGACACGAAGGAUCGGGGUGGGAGUGGCUGUCCUCAACCGUCUACUCUACGCGGUCGGGGGCUUUGACGGGACGAACCGUCUUAACUCAGCUGAGUGUUACUACCCAGAGAGAAACGAGUGGCGAAUGAUCACACCCAUGAACACCAUCCGAAGUGGGGCAGGAGUUUGCGUCCUGCACAACUGCAUCUAUGCUGCGGGGGGCUACGAUGGUCAGGACCAGCUGAACAGCGUGGAACGCUACGACGUGGAGACAGAAACGUGGACUUUUGUAGCCCCCAUGAAGCAUCGGCGAAGCGCUCUGGGAAUUACUGUGCACCAGGGAAGAAUCUAUGUUCUCGGAGGCUACGACGGUCACACGUUCUUGGACAGCGUGGAGUGUUACGACCCAGACACGGACACCUGGAGCGAGGUGACCUGCAUGACAUCUGGCCGGAGUGGAGUUGGUGUCGCUGUCACCAUGGAACCCUGCCGGAAGCAGAUUGACCAGCAGAACUGUACCUGUUGAGCCACUUUUGUUUCUUGGGCAAAAAAAUGUUCCAAUCCAGA